AUGCGACGUCAAGCUCUUUAUGCAAAACAAGGAAGAAGCACACAAUUCCAAACACGUGCUCAUAGAGAUGCUUGGUUGCAGAGUGAAAUACAAGAGAUUGAUAAAACAAUGGAUGCACAGCGACAACAGGAAGUAGAUCUAGAAUCGCAAAUAAAUGAUUUAACAGAAAGUAUAAAUAGAGUAACGAAUGAAAUUCAAAUAGCCCGAAAUAAAUUAGAACAAAGAAAACGUAUCAUUGAAGAAAUGAAUCGUGGUUAUAUUGAAAAAAAAGCCGAAAGAGAUAGACUUACUGACAAAAGAAAGGAGCUUUGGAGGGAGGAUUCUCAAUUAGAUACAAAACUUGUUAAUGCACGUGAUCAAUGGAAAACUAAUGAAAGGAGUUUGGCUAGUUCUAUGGACAAAAAAACUAAUAAUGGAUUAAAUGCCGUGAAACGGAUUGCUGAGCAAUACCAAAUAAAAGGCGUUCACGGACCUCUUUAUGAAUUAUUUGAUUGUAAUGAUUCAGAGUAUUGGACAGCUGUUGAAGUCACUGCUGGACAAAGCUUAUUCCAUGUAGUUGUUGAUAAUGAUGAAAUAGCCACAAAAAUUCUUGAUUAUUUAAAUCGCGAACAAAAUGGGCGAGUUACAUUUGUGCCUUUGAAUCGAUUAAAAUCAAGAAAUUUUGAAUAUCCAAAUACAAAUGAAAUUUUACCUAUGAUAGAUAUUCUUAAAUAUAAUGAAAAAUACGCUAAAUCCAUUGAACAGGUUUUUGGAAGAACAAUAAUAUGUGAUAGUUUAGAUAUCGCUUCUUCAAUAUCAAGAAGUCAUGACUUGAACGGCAUAACUUUAGAUGCAUUAGCAGGUGGUUAUCAUGAUGUGCGUCGAAGAAGAUUAGCAGCUUCAGCAAAUUUAAAAAAAUGGAGAAUAGAAUAUUUAGAAUUAGAUAAAAGAUCUAAAACUGUAAAAAAAGAAAUAUCUAAUAUCCUUUUUAAAAACCCCUAUCAUUUACAUUUAGACGAACAAAUUAAUCAAAUAUUAAGAGAUAUGCAAUUUAUUGAGGCUAAACAAAAACAAGCUCUAGAUAGUCGUGAUCCUUUACUGUUUGAAAUCAAUUCAAAGACUAAAGAGGAAGAAAGUUUGAAAAUGUCAUUAGCUAGCAAGAAAAAAUCUUUAUUAAGUAUUCAAAGUAGCAUUAAAAUGUUAAAUGCUCAAAAACAAGCUCAUCUUGAGGCGAGCAAAAAUAUUAUAGAGAAUGAAUUGAAUGCAAAUUUAAAAAGGCGACGUGAAGAACUUGUGAUGCAAAUAGAAAGUUUAAGCACCGCUGAUGAUGACCAACUACAUUCAAUUAAGGAAGGUUUAAUGAAAUUAAUUCGUGAAAUGAAGAGACGUUCGCAAGAAAUCGAAGAAGAAAUACAAAGGCUUAAUAAAAAAUUCAAUUUAAAAAAGACUGAAUCGGAAACAUUAAAGUCUGAACAAGCAGAACGACAGCAACAAUUGGAGAGGCAUCAAAAAGAUGUUGAUAAAUUUUUAUCAAAAAGAAAAUUAUUGUUACAAAAAAAAGAUGAAUGCACAAAAAAUAUUCGUGAACUUGGUGCAUUACCAGAAGAGGCAUUCGAGGCUUAUGUAAAUGAAGAAUCUGCUAGUCUUCUUACUAAAUUGCAUAUGGUAAAUGAUGGUUUAAAAAAAUACAGUCACGUUAACAAAAAAGCUUUUGAACAGUAUAAUAAUUUUACCAAGCAACGUGAUACUCUUAUGAAAAGAAAAGAAGAAUUAGAUCAAUCAAAAAAUUCGAUAAAUGGGUUAAUACAGGUUUUAGAUCAACGUAAAGAUGAAGCGAUUGAACGUACGUUCAAACAAGUUGCUAAAUACUUUUCUGAAGUAUUUGAAAAAUUGGUUCCUGCAGGUCGGGGACAAUUAAUUAUGUUAAGAAAGAUUGAUAGGGGAAAAGAGGUAGAUGAUGUUGACGAUGAAAAUAAUGAAACAAGUAAUAGUUCAGUAGAUAAUUAUAGUGGAGUUGCUAUUAAUGUUUCUUUUAACAGUAAGACUGAUGAAGGUCUUCGAAUGCAACAAUUAUCUGGAGGACAAAAAUCUUUAGUGGCAUUGACUCUUAUCUUUGCUAUCCAACAAUGUGAUCCUGCUCCCUUCUAUUUGUUUGAUGAAAUUGAUGCUGCACUUGAUGCUCAAUAUCGAACUGCUAUUGCAUCAAUGAUUCAUGAAUUAUGUGACAAAGCUCAAUUUAUCACAACUACUUUUCGUCCAGAAAUGUUAGCAAAUGCUGAUAAAUUUUAUGGUGUAACUUUUCAAAAUAAAGUUUCAAGUGUUAGUGAAAUAAGUAAAGAUGAUGCACUUAAAUUUAUUACACAGGAACAACCACGAUAA